GCCUGGGGGCGGGCGCACGAGGCCCCGCCUCCGCCUGGUCGGGGGACGGCCGCGCAGGCGCAGUCUUUCCUGGUUGUAGACGCGGCUGCCGGGCCGGGCGGGUAAAUAACAGAUGCGGGUAAAAGAUCCAACCAAAGCUUUACCUGAGAAAGCCAAAAGAAGCAAACGGCCUACUAUACUUCAUUAUGAAGACUCUUCAGAUGACAUUGCAGGUUUAACUUGCCAACAUGUAAGUCAUGCUAUCAGCGUCAAUCAUGUAAAGAGAGCAGUAGCUGAGAAUGUGUGGUCAGUUUGCUCAGAAUGUUUAAAAGAAAGAAGGUUCUAUGAUGGGCAGUCAGUACUCCCAUCUGAUGUUUGGUUGUGCCUCAAGUGUGGCUUCCAGGGAUGUGGUAAAAGCUCAGAAAGCCAACAUUCACUGAAGCACUUCAAGAGUUCCAGAACAGAGCCCCAUUGUAUUAUAAUCAGUCUCAGCACAUGGAUUAUAUGGUGUUAUGAGUGUAAUGAAAAAUUAUCAACACAUUGUAAUAAGAAGGUUUUGGCUCAGAUAGUUGAUUUUCUCCAGAAACAUGCUUCUAAAACACAAACAAAUGCAUUUUCCAGAAUCAAGAAACUUCGUGAAGAAAAAUGUGAAAUAGAUAAAAUAAAGAAGGGAAAUCUACCGUUUGUAAAGGGGAUUACAAAUUUAGGAAAUACUUGCUUUUUUAAUGCAAUCAUGCAGAACUUGACACACACUUACAUUCUUACUGAACUGAUGAACGAGAUCAAAGAAAAUAGUACAAAUCUCAAGAUUUUUCCUUCCUCAGACUCACAGCUGGACCCAUUAGUGGUGGAACUUUCAAGCCCUGGACCACUGACCUCAGCCUUGUUCCUGUUUCUUCACAGCAUGAAGGGGAGUGAAAAAGGACCACUUUCUCCUAAAGUUCUUUUUAAUCAGCUUUGUCAGAAGGCACCUCGAUUUAAAGAUUUACAACAACAGGACAGUCAGGAACUUCUUCAUUAUCUGUUGGAUGCAGUAAGGACAGAAGAAACAAAGAGAAUACAAGCUAGCAUUCUAAAAGCAUUUAACAACCCAACUACUAAAACUGCUGAUGAUGAAACUAGAAAGAAAGUUAAAGCAUAUGGAAAAGAAGGUGUGAAAAUGAACUUCAUAGAUCGGAUCUUUAUUGGUGAAUUAACUAGCACGGUCAUGUGUGAAGAAUGUGCAAAUAUCUCCACAAUGAAAGAUCCUUUCAUUGAUAUUUCACUUCCUAUAAUAGAAGAAAGGGUUUCAAAACCUUUACCUUUGGGAAGAAUGAGUAAAUAUAAGAGUUCACAGGAGACAGAUCAUGAUCAGUACAGUGGCACUGUUACUAUAGAAAAUAUUGAUCAACCAAGAGCCACCAAGAAGUGUUCUCCAUCUAAAGAUAAGCCUGAGGAAAAGAAAUAUAUAACAGACCUUCAUCUCUGUGGAGCCUUUAUUGAAACAUUUAAGAAUCAAGUAAUUCAUAACCGAAAACGUGUAAGAAAAUCGUCAUCUGAAGAAGAGAAGACUGCUGUCAUAUACCGGAAAAGUGAAAACCUUGACAUGAAUGAGGAUUCUUUAAUGUUUGCAAGCAUCAAGACUACUGAGUCACCCCUGAAUGAAAGCCCUACAGAUGGCAGUGAAAAAGAAGCCAGCCGUUCUGAAAGUAGUGUUGAUGCUGACAGUGAGGCUUCAGAAUCUGAAAGUGCUUCAGAACAGACUGGGCUGUUUAGAUCCAGUAGUGGAUCUGGUGUGCACACACAUGGACACCUUUCCCAUACAUCAGCAGGUGAACUGCCAUGUACCAACAACACUGACAGUGGUGAUGAUGGAAUGGCUGAAGCUAUUUCCGAACUUUAUUUGGGCAGCACUAUAACUGGAGAUAGAGAUUUUGACAGAGAAAAUCGGCCACUAAAUGUCUCAAAUAAUUUAUAUUUUUCAGAGGAGAAGCAUUUGAGGUCUCACAGUCCCCAAAAUGCUUUUCAGACCCUUUCUCAGAGCUAUGUAACUACUUCUAAAGAAUGUUCAGUCCAGUCCUGUCUCUACCAGUUUACAUCUAUGGAAUUACUAAUGGGGAAUAAUAAGCUUCUAUGUGAGAAUUGUACUGAGAAGAAACAAAAGAACCAAAAAGGAACAAGUUUUGCAGAAAAGAAAGCAGAAGGAGUUUAUACUAAUGCCAGGAAACAAUUGCUCAUUUCUGCUGUUCCAGCUGUCCUAAUCCUCCAUCUUAAAAGAUUCCAUCAGAUUAUCAGGAAGACUGAGAGAAAACUUAAAUAAAUAUUUAAUCUGACCUCUGUGCAAAAGACCAAGUUAUAAAACCCAUGAAGGAAAUCUCAGAGAAAAAGAGUGAGAGCUUUGAUUACAUAUUUGAAACAUUUUAGGUGGGCUACAUAUGUGCAAGAAGAGAUUUUUCGUCAUACUUAUCCCUAUCCACAGAAAGGUUAAAUUGAGUUCUUGAUUUUUCUAUAGCCAAGGUUAAGAAACUCAGUGGAACUUAAAUGGCCACAAAGAGUGGAGGCAGAUAUGUCUUGUCCCAUAUCAGAAAUGCCUAAUGGAAGGGGUGCAUUUGCAGUAACUUUUUGUGAACAAGAGAGGAACUUGCCAGAUUGCAGAAGCUAAUUUUGUGAUGUACUAGUUAUUUUAUAUUUGGUACUUACACCCCUAUUUAGGAACAACUUACAGAAAGAAUUCAUGCCCUUAAAGGGAAAUGUUUGUGGAGACCUCAAUUCCUUCUUGUUCUCAAGCUAAAUGUAAUGUCAACAAAGCCUCAUUCUUAUUCCCAGGGGUUGGGAAUUUGUAGGGAGCAGAGUCUAAGCAAUGUCUCUGAUUUCAGUUUUUAGUAUCUCUAUAAACCUUCUUGGUAGUAACUUUAGAGCUGUAUGUCAGAUUUCUGACAAUGGGCCCUCUGGAAAAAAGAAUAAUAAAUAAAUAGAGCUGUAUAUCAGAAACACACACAACACUUAAAGACCAAUCUCAAAUUGGAUAGAGAUCUUUGUCAUAAAUAUGCCAAAUGAUUAACGUUACAAUAUGUAAAGAACUCUUAAGGAUCAAUAAGACAAAUAUCAAAACCCUAAUAGUAAAAUGAGUUAAGAAUAUCAAUUAGAAAAGGAAGUAUAAAUUCCAGGGAAGUAGGCAAAAGUCCAUUCUUCCCAGCAAAAGACAUGUAAAAUAAAAUCAUAGCGAGAUUCCUGUCCAAAUCAACAUAAUGUUGCCAAGGGUGAAGUGGGAUAUAAGCAUUCUUAUUAACCAGCGGAGUAAGUAUAAAUUGGUAACACCUUCUAGAAAAUAAUUUAGUAAUGAAUAUCAAGCACAUUAAUGUUUUGGAUAAAAGAAUUUCAGAACAAAAGUAAUCACUCUUGACUAAUCUCACUUCUAAGCACCUUUCUUAAGGAAAUACAGAGGUACACAAAAAUGUGUGGCCCAUUUGUAGACCAUGCCAGAUGUAAGGCCUAGCUUAAGUGUCCAGUGUGCAGGAUAGCAGAUUUAUAUUUUAAUGAGGAAAAGAUGAUAUAUCUACUAAAAUAAAAAAAAAAGAAGACUGCAUAUGCCCAAAUAUAAGGCUGGAUCCAGUCUUCCAAAGUUAUCCCUUAGAAAAAGAUUUAUAUUAAAUUCCUUUCCGUAGUCUUUCCUAUUGUGGAAAUUCCUAUUAUAUAAUUUCUUAAUAGCAAAGUACUGACUGGGGAGGAUACAUUAGCCUGAAAUGAUCUCAGACAGUUCUGGUAUCAGAUGCUUAUAGAGGUCAUCUAAUGAAAAAGGCAAAGAAUUUGAAUAUAGGUUAAGUAAUUAUUCCUGGGAUAUGACUUCAUAAUUUUAUGUCAGAUAUCAUGUUAAGCCUCCUAAAAGAUCACUUGGAAAAACAAAUCAGUAAGUGGGGUAUAUUUUGGCCAAAAAAAAAAAAUGUUUUUUUCUCUUUAAAGAAAGGUGAGAAAUUAAAAGGCAACAGAUCUACAGUAAAAUUAUGUGUUUAGUAUGCAAAUGAAAGACCAGUCAUUGAAGUCAUGGAAACACUACAUGAAAGUUAGCAUCUGUUAGUUUUUGUUUAUCCAUACAAUUCAGAUUUAAGUAUCUUCUCAUUCCAACACUGUCCAUUUGUAUUUGUGGGUCUCCUUCCCAAUACCUUUGAUAGUUUGUUAGCUAGUUUUUAUUACCAUUACAUAAUGCAAAGCAUACAUUUUGAAAAUGAAAACAAGAAAAUGGUAGAGCUUAUUUAAGAACACGAAAGUACAUUUGCCUUAUAUUACAUUUACUUUUAUUGAUAAAAUGUUUUGAGUAUUUACCUUUUUUUGUUUCAAUGAAUGAAUAUAAUUGAAUUUUAGAAUUGAAAAGGAAUCUAAUCCAUUUAUACCCAUUUUCUCCCUUGACCUAGAUGAGGUUGCUUAGAAUCAAGUUAACUAUUAACCAGUCACUGAGGCCUAGAAAGAACAUCAGGCUCCUGACUCCUUUAGUUAGAAACAUUUUCAUGAUAGCAUAUGUAUCAGUAGCUUAGCUUUUAUCACAUUGAAUUAAUUUUUCCAUAAAUAUUGAAAAGCCAUAGUGAAAGUAAUUAUUUCCUUUAUUGUUCGUGGUAAAAAUCCCCAUGUAAAUGAAUAAUCUCUGUGGUAACAAUUUAUGAAAUCUACUUUUUAACUUAGUCAUAUGAAUUUUGGACUAUUCAUUAGUCACGUUUUUAUAUAUAUGGAAAAAACUAACUUCUAGAAAUCUUCUUUUAGUUUUAGUUAACAAAUACAAUGCUUGUGAUUUAAUUAAGUUUACUGUGUUAAAGAAUGUUUUUG